UCACAUGUCAUUUUCCUGAGAAGGAGGAGAGCGAAGGCGGAGAUAGGGGAAGGAAGCACACUACAGGAAACCAUAGACCACCGGAUUCUCUGCUGAAGGAAAGAGAGAGAUGGAUCCUACACAAGUACAGCAGCGCUACAAUGGCGCUUCACACAGUAACCACCAGCUCGGCCUCCCCGCUUCGCCAACAGGGAGUCUCCUUAGAGGCUGGCGUCCAUCACUUGCUGUCCUAUUUCACCAGUUCUUGUCUCGUGGUAACAGCAGUGAAGGGGAAGAAGAGGAAGAGAGGGACUAUCUGCUCAAAGAAGACUUUUCUGAGGUCUUCCCAGACGCUAACCAACUAGAUAAAGCCUUUGAGGAGUUGGAUGCAGAUAAAGAUGGUCGUAUCACUCUUGACGAAUUCAUGGCCGGCUUUGCUACUUUCUUACGUCAGGCCCAAAUGAGUUCCUCGUUGAAUCCGGACUCUCUCGAACCUGCUACGGAAGAGUUGUUAAAAAGGGGAGGGUCUUCAAGACGGAGUGUGAGACGAAGACCGAUUCCCGAGAUAUUCUUUGAGACAGUAGAGGGAGAUGGGACAGGAGGAGGAGGAAGCGGAGAGAGUAACGGGGUACAGAAACCGACCGAUUCCUUUAAGACUUCUUUGAAACCUCUUGCGACCCGCACACAAGAGAGCAUUGAGCAGCUCUGGAUCAGGUUAAAUAAUUCUAAUCCUGAACUUGUCACUGACUUUGAGGAAUUUAUUUGUGAUAUGUCUACUGAAGUGGAAUCAGCACAGAAUGCUCUCAAGAGACAAAGAGAAGCUAAUACAAAAGAGGCCUAUCAGUUGGAUGAAGAGAUGGUCAGAAUACAGCAUGACACACUGACAGCUUUAGAACAAGAGACUGCACUGCUAAGAGAAAAGGCUCACAGCAGUCAGUCCAAGCUUGAAGUACAAUUGUAUGAGAAAGAAAGAGAGCUGACUGAAAUCAAAGGAAAACUGGAGCUGUUGUCACGUCUUCUCGACAAAUGUGUACUAUCUGUUCUUCAGCUGGAGAAUAAAAUCACCGAAAGCAACAACAGACACAACGAGCUAAAAGAAAUGUAUCAGAAUACCUUUGACGAAAAGGACGAGUUACAUGAGAGAUUGAGUCAGUCUGAGUCUUUAUUGAAGAAGAGCCAAGAAGAGAUUGAUGCCAUGAAGAAAGAAAAUAACGAGAAAUUAAAAGAUUUGUUGGAGGAGAAAGAAAAAAAGGAGGAGAGUUUACAACAGAUCGAGUCGAAAUAUUUGAAAGAAAUAAAAGAAUUAAAAGACGUGCUAUCAAAUGUUGUACAGCAACAAGAGAUACAACAGCAGAAACAAGUUCAACUACAAACAAAACUAUUAGUGGAGAGUAGUGGGACUGGAAGUCAGGUCCAGCGACCUGAUCUGCUGACUGCUGCUCAUUACGAUAUACUGGGUAGAGAUUCACCUUCACCCUCUCUUCAUGAUGAAAUCGUAGCAACUGAAGGAAACACUUCACCCGUACUGAGGGAUACAAUGCUUCGCCUUAGACCUCCUACUCUUAUUGUACCACCACCUGUGAGUGGACUGGGAGUGGUUGGAAGCGGAGUAAACUUUAAAGAACUAGACCACCUGGACCUAGCAACAACACCAACACAGCAACAGUCAGCAAAUCAAAUGCAACUUGAUACAGGAGGGGUACGUUUAAGGUCUAAGACUUCAUUACAGGUAGAGCGUGGGGCUAUGCCUCGCCCAGUGUCACUAAUGGGGACUAGAGGUGGAGCUAGUAAUAAUAAUAGCCUUGACUUAAACUGGCCACCGAGUAAUUGGACUGUUGCUCCUCAGGACUGGUUGGCCAGUGUUGCGGCUGGUAAUAUAACUAGAUCUCCUUCUCCUCCUGACACUGAACUCCUCCCUCCCCCUCCCCCUCAACCAUCUCCUUCUGAUAAUGGAAGAGGGAGCCGUUUGAGAAAGUCAUACUCUAACCCAGAUAUGUGUCAACCAUUACAGUUCCUUGAUAAAAUGGUAGUACAACCUGACAUUACAUUUAAAAUAUUAAUCGUGGGUAAUCCUCACGUUGGGAAGUCAUGCUUCCUUACCCGUCUGUGUACAAAUACUUUCACCACUAAAUAUGCCUCUACCAUUGGUGUUGAUUUUUAUAGCCGUGCCUUAGUCAUUGAUGAUAAAACAGUUGCUUUACAGUUUUGGGACACAGCUGGCCAAGAGAGAUUCCAGUCAGUGACCAAAGCAUAUUAUCGUGGUGCCGACGGCGUCAUAUUAAUGUACGAUAUUACUAGCGAAGAAACAUUCAUUGCAGUUAGGAAAUGGAUAAACUCAAUGCAGGAUAAUAUGGAUAAGCUACCAGCGUGUCUCUUGUUGGUUGGCAACAAGGUUGACUUGGAACACAACGAGAAGAGAGAAGUAUUAUCGGAGACCGGAGAAACAUUUGCCAAAAUUUAUGGUGCUCAUUUUAUUGAGACCAGUGCCAAGUUAGGAUUUAACGUGACAAAUGCUUGUCUUACUUUAGUAAAUAAACUCUUAUCUGAGGUAAUUUUAUCUGGCGACAGUCGUCAGGGCAAUACCAUAACUGUUGGUGAGAAGGAAAAGAAAUCAAACUGCUCUUGUUAAUAUCAGGACUAAUCAUUACUUCACUGUUGUUGUUGUUAUUUUUAUUUCAUUUCAUUGUCAAUACUUUUUGCCUCUCAGUUUGUAAGAAAUUGUUUUUCAUGUUUCGUCAGAA